AGAUGUAGGCCCAGCGAGUAGGUUGGCACUAGAGGAGCAGAGUGUGUGGGGUGGAUUGGAGCGAGCCCCUCAUUGAGCAGCGAUUCUCUCUAUCUGUUGCCGAAAUGUACAUUCCAAGCGCUUGGUACAGUGCUCUGCACAUAGUAAGCGCUCAGUAAAUACUAUCGAAUGAGUAGAAGAGCAGUAAGGUGAAGUAGGAGAGGGCGAGGGGACUGAGGGUUUUUAAACCGACGCUGAGGAGUUAGGGGCCUGGCAGGGGUCCAUGAGGGGCUGGGUGGGGGUGUCCCCUAAAGGGGCUUCAGGCUCCUCGGCCCAAGGGCUCCCGACUCCUGCCAGCCUGGUGUCCCCAACCCCUCAUGGGUUCGCGACUUGGCUUGGCGAAGCAGGCUGGCUCACGGCCCUCUCGGAGCCCUCCGCAGGUCUACACUUUUGGCCACCAGAGACCGACCGGCGUCUGUCCCCGGGGACCAGCCAUCCUGUCACCCUUAGCAGGGGAAGCGGGGCUCCGCCCACACGAGUCUCCCAGACGAAGGCUGGAUUCUCCCCCUCAUCCCCACUGUCCACACCCCAACCCGGGCUCCCCGAUCCCCUGCUGUGGGAUGGCCGAGAUGUGCCGGACUGCCAGGUCCCAGGUGGCGGUGACAUUUGAGGACGUGGCAGUGCCCCUGACCGGGGCCGAGUGGAGGUGCCUGGGCCCGGCCCAGCGCCGGCUGUACAGGGACGUGAUGCUGGAGAACUACGCGCACGUGGUCUGGCUGGGAUUUCCGGGCCCCAAACCGGCAGUGAUCUCCCAGCUGGAGCGAGGGGCGGGGCCGUCGGGAGCCCAGGACCCAAUGGCCCCAGGAGGGGCCCGCCAUGAGGGCGAGGCGGGAGCCGAGAGCGAGGACCCUACCAUCCAGGAAGGCCAUGCGUCAACCCCUCCCGGGGAGGAGGCUGCCCGCAUCCCCGAGGGUAGGGGAGGACAUGCGUGUGGGGGCCGGUGCCAGGCCACACGGGCAAGCCCCCGUCCGGGCAGCGGCCACGGAGCAGUGACGGCCCGGGGAGGGGCAGACCAGAGGGCCUCAGAAUCCGGGAGACCGCCGGGGCCGAGGUUGAGUCCAGCGGCCCGGCCCGGCGACCCCGCCACAGAGGAGCCCCAGGAUCGCUACGGAGGUGGCGGCCGGGGCUCCCGCGGGGGACCCACUGCCCGCCAUGCCCGGCUCACGUGCGAACAGUGCGGUCGGGCCUUCGGCCACCGGUCGGCCCUGGUCCAGCACCGGCGGCUGCACACGGGCGAGAAGCCGUUCGCGUGCGAGCACUGCGACCGGGUCUUCAGUCACCGGUCGACCCUGACGCAGCACCGGCGGCUGCACACCGGGGAGAAGCCGUUCGCCUGCGAGCGGUGCGGCUGCGCCUUCGGCCAGAGCUCGGACCUCCUCAAGCACCGGCGGCUGCACACGGGCGAGAGGCCGUUCGCCUGCGAGCAGUGCGGCCGGGCCUUCGGCCAUCGGUCGGCCCUGGUCCAGCACCGGAGGCUGCACACGGGCGAGAGGCCGUUCUCCUGCGAGCGGUGCGGCCGGGCUUUCAGCCACCGGUCGACCUUCGUCUACCACCGGCGGCUGCACACCGGAGAGAAGCCGUUCGCGUGUGAGCAGUGCGGGAGGGCGUUCGGGGACAGCUCCACUCUGGUCCAGCACCAGCGGACGCACACGGGAGAGAGGCCGCACGUGUGCUCCCAGUGCGGAGCGGCGUUCGGCCGCGCCUCCGCCCUCGUCCAGCACCGGCGGCUGCAUACGGGCGAGAAGCCGCACCGCUGCCAGGACUGCGGCCGCGCCUUCGGUCACCAGUCCACCCUCAUCAAGCACCGGCGGACGCACACGGGCGAGAAGCCGUUCGUCUGUGCCCAGUGCGGCCGGGCCUUCCGGAACGGCUCCACCCUGAGCCAGCACCGGCGGCUGCACACGGGCGAGAAGCCGCACCGCUGCCAGGACUGCGGCCGCGCCUUCGGCCACCAGUCCACCCUCAUCAAACACCGGCGGACGCACACGGGCGAGAAGCCAUUCGUGUGUGCCCAGUGCGGCCGGGCCUUCCGCGACGGCUCCACCCUGAGCCAGCACCGGCGGGUGCACACGGGCGAGAAGCCGUUUCCGUGCGCGCAGUGCGGCCGUGCCUUCCGCCAGCGCUCCAACCUCACCCACCACCAGAGGACCCACACGGGCGAGAAGCCGUUCGUCUGCGAGCGGUGCGGACGGGCCUUUAGCGUGAACAAGAGCCUCGUCCACCACCGGAGGAUGCACUCGGAGGAGGAGGCCUAGCGGGGCGACCGGUGUGGCCGUGGGAUCGGCUCGGGGGGCUCACCCACCCGGGAUGCCCCCCACGGGAUGAAAGCCAGGGGUCUGGGGUCAGGGCCGGGGAAUAGCCUGGGCUCCUCCCCCUCCUGCGCUCUGGAGGGUGGUAGGGAGAGGGUGUCACCGUAGGGACGAAUAACCCCGGGAGGACUGGCGGGGAGGGCAAGAUGUCCGGGUCAGAGGUCGUGCUCCACAGGGGGUUGGCGGUGCCUCGCAGGAGGACCCCGCAAGCUGUAACUCUCAACCUCCCCUCACUGACGGGGAGCGUCCCGAAGGUCCAGGAACACCCCUGGACUGGGGGCCUUGGGAAGUCGACCAAGGUGGGAGGGACCGACCACCCUAGAGGUAGUGAAUUGUUUGUUCCAGGCCACACAAGGAAACUGAGUCUUGACAACCCUCCCCACCCACCGCAGGGGGAAUCUCGCUUCCUCCACGCAGCCUUCUGGGUCCGGCCCCACAGCGCUCCCUCCCCUCCCUCGAUAGGUGGUCGGUGCAGCCCGUCUCAUGCGGCCAAGAGGUUUCGAAUCAGGUCUGGCCAGGGAAGCGAAGGGAAAACCUACAGAACCCGGGUAGCAAAGGGGUCAGGUGACCUACAUUUCUCAGAGGCCACCGGGUCUUCCGAGGAAGUUAGCCUUCCCUGCCAGGGAUGGAGAGCCUUGUCCACCAGUGGGGCCGAGUCAGGUUUUCCCAAGUGGUUAUCUGGAGGCCUCCAGUUCUCUCCGCUGACCCUCUGCUCCUCUCUCUGACCCACCACUGCUGAUUUUGGACUGGCCCAGGAGAAAAUCACCAAUUCCAUGCGGUGAGAUUCGCCUCUCCGUGUAACUGGUAAUGGGUGAAAUAGGUCGGGACAGAAUUUUCUUUUGGGGUUUGGGAUUCCAUGGUUUUCUAUGCUGAGAUCUCAGGGAAGGAAUGCCCAUGUGCUCCGUGGCCCUUAACCUGAGCGUGGGGCGAGAGGCUGUCCACACUUCUUCUCUGCUCUCACACAUCUCAGUCUGUGAUCCACUCUCUGAUCCCGCGUCCUUUCCGUUGUUCUAGCCACCAUUAAACGUUGCUUCGGCCACUCUCCUGCCUGGGAACCCGGGUCAGCCAGGGCUACGUGGACUUCGGAAGAUGUAGCAAGUGCCUCAGGGUCUGUCUCCCUCUUCCUUUUCCUGUGGUAGCAUCUUGGGCCGAUAUAGUUCAUGUUUACUCCUC